GCUCCGCGGUGCGCUGUCCACUUCAGCACCACAAGCCGAGCGGAGGCAGCGAGGAGGACCACAAGACGCGGCUCAACAUCAGCACCAGCACCGACCCGACUCCAAAAUACUGAAAAAUACCCGCUAGAAACGCGCACCCCUCCGAGGCAGAAGACUGCAGAAAAGAGUACAGUCAUCAUGUACGAUGCGGCGAGGGUGCCAUCUCCUAAGGAUGGUGCAAACGGGAUGGCCCAGCCAGUGGUCCCUGGAGCAGGAGCAGGAACAGCUGCAGGAUCAGGAGGGCCGACGCCAACGCCGACCACAGUCCUACAAGCUAAAACUGAAGAAGGACAGCCAGAUACAGAGGAGGACGAGGAGCCCAAAGUGGAGCCAGUCCUGGUGAAAAAGCCAUACAGAGAGAUCCUGGACCAUGAGAGGAAGAGGAGGGUUGAGCUUAAAUGUAUGGAGCUCCAAGAGAUGAUGGAAGAGCAGGGGUACACAGAGGAAGAGAUUCGACAGAAAGUGAGCACAUUCAGACAAAUGCUGAUGGACAAAGAGGGCGUCAUCACCAGAGCAGGCUCAGACACACAACCAGUGGUCAACCACCUGCACUAUCGGCCUGACGAGUAUGAAGAGGACCCUGAAUUGGUUGGCUAUGAAGAUGGAGACUAUUCCCAUGAUUACCACAGCGACAACAGAAUGAAGAGGAAAUCAAGCAGCUCUCCAUCCCCUCGUCCAAAGAAAAGGAAGAAGAAGAAAUCUGGUCGCCGAAGGAGUCGGUUUGGCAGCUCGUCACCCACUCGCAGAGAGAAGAAGAAAAAGAGUGGGAAGAAACACAAACGCGACAGAUCUGCCUCUGGCUCCAGGAAAAAGAGGAGAUACAGAUCGGGCAGCCCAAAGAACAAACACAAAGACAAGAACAAACAGAAAAAGAGGUCCCCUGGUGAGACCCCCAGUAGGAGUUCACAGCGUCAAGGCAGCUGCUGUAGCUCCCGUAGCGCCUCCCUGUCCUCCACUCGGAGCACAUCCAAAUCUCCCACCAGACUGAACUCCAAGCACAAGACAGAUGGGCAAAAGGCGUCCGGCACCUCACUGUCUCCGGGCCCUAACAGUCCUACCGCCUGGCACAAUGGGGACCACACCCAACGAAGCCGCAAUGGCAAGGCCGGCAGACUCAACCACGCCGAGGGCGAGAAGGGGCACGAUAAGCUCCGUCUCCUGACUGCUGGCUCUACAGGCAUCCAGUCUACUCUGCUGAGAGAGCACAAGCUCCACAGCGCCCCCAGCAGGAGCCAAACAGGACAGAUGUGCACAGCAGGAGAGGCUGGGAGUGUGGACAGCAGGAACACAGCUGUAGGGAGCUCCGUAACCCAGGCGUCAGGGAGGAGAGGGAGCCAGAGAGGCCAGAAUAAGAGCCCCCACUCCCCUGCAAACAGCAGCGACUCGGCUCACUCCCAGCAUAACCACACUCACAGAGGGAGGACCUCCCGUCACCAGAGAAAGACAAAAGGUGGCCAUUCUUCCAAACGUCACCACCGCUCUAGUCGGGGGCAGGCGCACCACCGGAGCCCAUCAGCAUCUCCAGGACGCCACUCACACACGUCGGGCAAGAAGAAAGAGGAGACUCGGAGCAAACAGAACCUCCGACAGCGCAGCAGCUCCUGGAGCAGCGGGCGUUCAUCCUCUGCCUCCAGAGACAGAGGCCCCAGCAAGGCAAAGUCCCCACACAAUAGACAGAACAACUCCAGAGAGAGGGACAGUCCAAACCGCUCCGACACCGACAGUCGGGCUCGCCGCCGCUCUCGCAGCUACUCACCCAUUCGCAAAAGGAGAAGAGAUUCACCCAGCUUCAUGGAGGCGCGCAGGAUCACCAGCGCCCGGAAGCGGCCGAUCCCGUACUACCGGCCCAGUCCCUCGUCGUCCAGCGACGACAGCAGCCCCUCGCGGUCCAGUCGCAGCCGUAGCCGCAGCUACAGCAGCUACAGUCGCAGCAGAAGCCACAGCCGCAGCCACAACCGAAGCCACAGCAGGAGCCGGAGUCGAAGCUGGAGCCGGAGCCGGAGCUGGAGCCGCAGCAGGAGCCGCUCCCGCAGCCACCACAGUUACUACAGCCGCAGCAGCUACGACAGCCCCGGCUUCUGAGCGGAACGUGGCACAGAAAGGGAAACAAAAAAACAAGCAGAGGAGAAGUUCAAAAUUACUGUGCUCCGGUUCAGUCAUUAUGUAUUUCUAACAAGCCCUCGACAGUGCCCACACUGCUGUACAGUCCAGGGGCCCAAACUCCUCGACCCCUAGACCAUUAUCUCUCUCUAAUGCAGAGCCCGGAUCAAAGAGGAGAAAUGUAUUUUGAUAUAGCACAUUACUAUGAAAUUGGCUGUCACUGUUCAUGUCUUCACAUACAAGGAAAUGGGUUAUCAUGUGUCAAAAAUUAAUUUGGUAGAGCCCAAAGAACAAAUCUCGCUGUAUGUUAGCACUUUCUUUCUCUUCUUCCACAAAGCAACCAAAAAUGAAUCCAUUAAAAACAUAAAAACUAUAUACUAUAUAAAUGUAUAUAUCCUAAAAAUAGGAGCUGAGUAGAAGACAAAAAGAGGACACAUCAACGGUAAACAGCUUACUGUACAUGUCAGAAAACUGGACUUUUUUUUUUGUUGUUGUUUUUCCUUCUCAUCAUGUAAUCAUCUCCCAAAGACUUCUGUUUCAUUGAAGCACACAGAUCAACAAAAGUGAGAACAAAAGAGAAGUCGGUGGAUGAAUAGGAAGCAAAAAAGAAGGAACUUUUUUAUGAUAAGAAUUGUAUUGUAUAGGUUUGUCUGUAUAGAUGUAACUUUUAAGUUCUGGCUUUGUAAACUAUGCACUGUAUAUUCCAUAUAGUUUGAAGAGAUUUGUUUGACGGCAAUUUAGCAUGAUGCAUCAGGGGAGACUUGCUGCUCGUAGGAGAAUACCCGGCCGUCAUUAAAGGUGCCAGGGUGCAUCUGCGCUCCCCUCUGACCUAUACAGUAUGUCAGCCGCCUGCAUACAGAGGUGAAUGG